GAAGAAGAAGAAGAUCGACAGGAAAUGUUGAAGAGACUGCAAUUACAUGAACAGUGCCGGUUACAUGAUUUGAGCCAAGUCAUUGAUCACCUGGCACGCCACUGCUUCGCUCCCGAUGAUUCUCUCGUCUCCAAAUCCACUUACUACAACCUCCAACUCGCUAGGGAGGAAAUGUGCAGGGAAAGAUUACGUUACCUGGAAUCCAUGGCAAUUUAUAGCGAGGCAAUUGCAAUGGUGGAAGACUACAACCAAGGCUGGGGGAACCCUCCUCAGCUGUAUGAGACACUUGAGCAUCUUAUGAUCAUUGCGGAAGCCACUCAGAAGUUGAGGUUGCCUCUGCUAUCUAAAGAUGGUGAUAUACAUGAGGAAGAAAUUGAAAGUAUAAUGUCACAAUGUUCCUUCGAUAGUCCUGGUACCAGUUUUACAACCGGAUCAAGUUCUAACUCUCCAACUUAUAGUGGUGUAAAUAGCAAAUUUAGUACAACAAACAGCAAUCUUUCUCUCAGUGCUACUCCAGUUGAGGAACCUGGACUUGGAGGCCUUCCCAAUUGCUUUCUUGGAAUUACACCUGCAUAUUUAUGGAAAACACAGUUCCAACAAAUCCCUUUUGACAUGGAUCUAGCAGAAUACCAGCUGUGUCUUUCCGAUGAGAUUGAGGCUCGUUUGAAGGCUAAAUGUGAUAAGUUAGCUGAUGCUUUUGUAAUGGAUGACAUAGACUGGUCAUCAUCAGGACAAAGAAAUGCAAGUGAUGAGUUAGAAGAAAGGGUAAGGUUGAUAACUGAGGAUCUGGAAGGGAAGGAAGCAGCUUUGAAGGAAGAUCUGUAUUCAGCAGAUAGAAGAUUUACUGAAUACUACAAUGUCUUGGAGCAGAUAUUGGGAGUUCUUAUAAAGCUGGUCAGAAAUUUGAAGUUGCAACAUCAACACAAAUAUGAUGAACUGCAAAAGGGAUUCUUGUGCAAAAGGUGCGAGACCAUAGAUGCAAAAUUAAGGAGCCUGGAGUAUGUUCUCCAGCACGCCACUUAUUCCAAGGAUUCAGUCCCUGCCCUGCAUAAAAUAAGGAAAUACCUUGUUGAAGCUACAAAAGAAGCUUCAAUCACACAUGAUAAAGCGGUCACUCGCCUUCGUGAGUAUCAGAGUGUUGAUGCCGACUUCAAUAAAAUUGCAAGGCAGUACCAUGAUAUUGUACAGAAGUUGGAAAAUAUGCAAUGGACGAUCCAGCAAGUUGAAAUGGACCUCAAACGCCCCCCAAAAUGA